AUGGGUAGUUCCUGUACUACUAUUCGUCAACAGGAAGCGGAACGGUUGGCUUUAGAAAUUGAUGCCACCAAGAAAACCGCUUUACAUGGAUAUGGCAACGGGCGCACUCCUACAAUAGGUACUACAAGUUUCCGAAUUAAAGUGGAUGAUGUGGAAACAACCGUGUCUGCCCAUAUUGUGGCUAACGUAGCUCAGGAGAUACCAAUUUUGCUGGGCAGGAAUUACACAGAACUCCCAGGCGUACUUGUCAUCAAAGAUGAUAUUGCAUUGACAUUUUUCAGCAGGAGCCUAGUAGAAAUAAAUGCAAUAGAAACAGAACCAAAUGAUUCAAAAAUUGUACUUCGGAUUGCAGAAAACACUACAAUACUGCCAAAUCACUGGGGACAUGUUCAGGUUGACAGCGAUUCUUAUGAAGGUGAUCUCUGCAUCGACGCUAGUGUCCGAAUGCAAGAAGGACAAGAAUAUUGUAUUUCUUAUGUAAUAAUAUCGAUUAAAAAAGGAGAGCCAGCAUUAUUACCUUACAUAAGUUUAGCAGAUAAUGAUAUAGAUUUUAGGAAAAAUAGAGUAAUUGUAAGGGCAUGCAAGUGUACAGAGGAGGAAAAUUCAACAGAAAUGGUAAUGAGAGUUGAUGUGUCAUCUCGAGCGACAGCCUGGCAAGCGCCCCAUUUAUUCGUUCACAAUUCUAUUUAUCCUUUUGUACUUUAUGUUAAUCAGUAA